UUGAGACUGAAGACGUGUAUAUGCGUGGCGAUCAGUGUGCACUGCCAAGUGACAACCGCUGAAGACAGCCAAGGCCACUAAACAGCCCCGGCUAAGUCUAAAGCCAAAGCCUGGGUUAGGUACUAGCGUAACAUUAUAGCGUUUGGCUAUAGCGCUGCGCUGCUACUGUAGAAAUUCGGCCGCCGAAAGACGGCGCUGAUAAGAUAAGCCAAGCCGCCUCAUUCUCUUACCCAGAUCGAUCUGAUUUGCAAUCCGAGUUUAUUUUCUCCGUAUGACAAACCUAGUAAAAAGUGGUGUGAUUGUUGAUCUCUUCCUUUCUCCUUUCUUGCCUUUCCUUUUGUUUUUAUUGUCCAAUUCGAUAUAGACAAAUCAAACAGAGGCCUUUCCCCGACAAUGGCCCCGAUUCCUCUCACUAUUAUUACCGGCUUUUUGGGUUCCGGAAAGACGACUCUCAUUCUCAACCUCAUCCCCCAACUCCGCGCUCAAAAUCCGUCUUACAAGCUCGCCCUGCUGAAGAAUGAAUUCGGCGACCUCGCUAUCGAUUCCCAGCUGGCCUCCAGCUCAGCCAUUUCCGGCGUGCAAGAGCUCCUCAACGGAUGCAUUUGCUGCAACCUAGUAGGCCAACUCGGCCCCGCGUUGGCAGAACUCGAAAAGACUGUCGCACCGGAUCGCAUCAUUAUCGAGACGAGCGGAUCUGCCUUUCCGGCGACUCUGGCGUUGGAGGUCAACCGAAUUGCGAGAGACACAGGGAAAUAUGUGCUCGACGGAGUCAUCAGCGUGAUUGACGUUGAGAAUUGGAAGGGAUACGAAGAUACGAGUUACACGGCCAAGAUCCAAGCCCGCUAUACCGACCUUAUUGUUUUUAAUAAAUGGGAAACGGCAGGAGAAGAUCGUUAUGAAGAAUGCCUGGAUAGAGUGGGCGAUUUAGACGUUGAUGUGGCACGAGUGAAGAGCGACAAGGGAUUCGUUGACAUGGGCCUGAUAUUUGGUGUUGAUGGGGGUCUGGCCAAGGAGCUGACGGAGGCUGAAGUUAAUGGCAACCACAAUCACAGCCACCAAACGAACGGUGAUGCUCACAAGCACGAUCACAGCCAUAGCCAUAGCCACCAGAGCGAGGUUGAAGUGCUCUCCGUCGAGCUCACAGGCGACAGUGGUACCGCCGUCUCAACGGACAAGCUGCUCAAUUUCCUCAAGGCAGCUCCCAAGGACGAAGCUUACCGUAUUAAAGCCGUCCUUACGCUCUCAUCUACACCCAAAAACUCCGAUCCCGACGUUCCACAGCCAGAGUCCAACCCGCGCGGUCGAUACAUCUUGAAUUGGGCGUUUGGCCGAUGGACGUUUACGUCUUUGGCUGAGACCACAGAAGAGCAUGCUUCAAGCAACGGAGUUCUUUUGCGACUGACAAUGAUAUUGGGGCGAUAUGAGAGCAAUAAAUGGAAGAAGAGGCUUGAAGCUGGCGGCUUUAUAGAAUUAGAAGGUGUGAAUAAAGGGGAGUUGGUUGUUAAGAGGAUAUUGUAGGAAUGAAUUUUCUUUUUAUAUAGACGACGUUAUGAACUUGACAGGGAAUUAGACUAUCGGGGGGGACAUGAGAUAUAAAUGUAGCUACAAUGGGUAAAUGAAUAGAAGGGUAAAAUGGUUAAGAUACCUAGC